AUGGAUUUCCCGGCUCCCUCGCCGCUUGUGCAUGGCUACACCACCCUUACAUACAUUGAGUUCAUCGCGAGCGGAAAGUACACGCGCAAUUAUCGAUCAAAAUGCGCCAAGACUGGGAAAGGACAAGCCAUCACCGUCAUCGUGUCCAACUACCCGGGCCAGAUCCGCGAUCUUGACCGCCCAUUGGAUCAAGAAGGUCGCGGCACCAAGGAGUCUCCGAAUGACACCGAGACGGGGAGUGAGCUCGAGAACGCGGUCCCUGAGAGCGAGCUGUAG